UGAAGGGUAUUCAAGCUUUAGGUUGGCGUGCCCCUUUUUCCCGAUACAGUAACAGGUGCGUGGUAGACUACUGAUUCACGCAACUGGGAAAUAGACACCCUGAGGUAUGUAGGGUGAGCAUCUACCAGACGACCUUUGAGCUUUCUGACGUCGCGACAUCAACUUUGUUUGGCAACGACAAGUUUGGGGACGAGUUCACUGCAACUGCCUCCCACAGAUGGAACCCGAAAGCAGCUGUAGGUGUUCAAUCGAUGCCUUGCAAAUUUUGACGGAGAUCCGGAAUGUAGACACGGUCGUGGAGUUUGAAACGAUACUGGACUUGGUCCAGCGCGUCUAUAGACAAGGACAAGCUAUGUUGAAUUGCAAAGAUUGUCGCAAAGUUCCGCCACAGUCUUCCUCCGUCUUGACCAUCCCGGCCCUCACCGAUCAUUGUCUUUCGUUGUUUGAGGCCGUAUGCUCAGCAUACAGCAUCACCCACAAGAACUGUCUCUUCGACGCGACCAUCCUGGCAUUUGAGCAGCCUCUGCCCCACUUUAUUUGCAUUCGAAGCAAGGUGCAGCUGGGGGAAACAGAUUUGGACGAAGCCGAGACGGGGAUGUUAGUUCGAACCCUUCUGUGUCGCAAUUCUAUGAGGCUUCUCAGCCUACUAGAGGCUCUUCAGGGCAUCCUCCGAACGCUUUCGACGGACAAUACCCAGGUACACCGAGCUGGGGCGGCCACGCUGCGGGCGUACGAGUCGUCCGUCCAGUCAACCAUGCACCGGUUCGUGGCAUUCUUGGACCAGAUAAAAGUCGAGCAACGUACGUAAUUCAUUUCAUGUCCAUGUAUGAUAAGCUAAUUGCACCAGUGGGC